AUGCUGAUAUUUUUGUUGCCCUUGUUAGCCAUCAUAAACUACAACCCAACAACAUUAGCAGCAGAUCAUCCUUACUUCCAUUGCUACUGCGCCAGCAACAACUCCUAUUUUGCAUCGCGAAAUGAUCAACUCCUUACACUUGCUGAUGAUGUUAUGGGCAAUGGUGGUGUUUACAGAGAUUACGACGAACCUUACUGUAUCGGACUCUGUCGUAAAGAUCUUAUCUCUUCUGACGCCUGUCACACCUGCAUCAACACCACCGCCUCCACUGUUGUCCGCAGUUGUCCUGCACACAACGCAGUUGUUGCUUGGGGAGUGGACGCAGGCUGUAUAAUCCAAUGCGACGACCCAUACUCAGGAUCAGAUACCAGUUAUACCACCCAACCUUUAAAUUAUUCGUUUAAUACUACCACUAUAUCCAAGAAUUACCUAACUCAGUUUGAUCAUACAGUAGCUAACUUAACAUCUAAACUUGCUGUCAAAGCUGGUCUUGAUGGAUCUCAGCCUUCUUUUUUUCCUUUUGGAUUUCAGUAUAUUCAGUACUUUGCUGCUGAAGAAGCGAACUUCAGUGAUCGUCUGACAAUCUAUGCAGCUGGGUUUUGUGUUCCUAGCAUGUCUAAGAGUGAUUGUACUGACUGCUUGAAAGCCGUUGCUAAUCAAAGUACUGUGAAAUGUAACAGAAAGCAAGGAGCUAAGAUUUUUACGGCGAAUUGUGUUCUGCGUUAUGAACUCUAUCCCUUCUAUGAAAAGUCUGCCACUGCAAUAUCUGUUUCUCCAUUACCUCCGGUUUCUCCCUCUUCUCGGAAAAGUUUGUUUGCUGCUUAUCUAAUAUCAGUUAAAAAAAGAAGUUUCAGAAUAUAA